GAGUAGAAUUUCAUUUCAACUGAUGGUCUUCUACAUUUUGUUAGAAUUUUAUGUAUUAUUUAUCAUUUGUCAAAACUUGGGAACUGUUUCGUCCGAAUAAUUCUGUAAGCUAGUGUUUAUUCCGCCAAAGCAUUAGAUUCAACGAAUCAUAAGUUUACGGCAAAUAGUGAGGCUUUUGCUUCCGGUUAUUGGAAUAUUGGGUAAUAAGGAAGAUGGCAGCGACCAGGAGGUUGCAGAAAGAGCUCGGCGACAUCCGAUCGUCGGGCAUGAAAUCUUUCCGAGAAAUCCAAGUGGAUGACUCUAAUAUAUUAACAUGGCAAGGUCUUAUAGUGCCGGAUAAUGCCCCUUAUAAUAAAGGUGCGUUUAGGAUUGAAAUAAAUUUUCCUGCAGAAUACCCAUUCAAACCACCAAAAAUUAAUUUCAAGACCAAAAUAUAUCAUCCGAACAUUGAUGAGAAGGGCCAAGUCUGUCUGCCGAUCAUCAGCGCUGAAAACUGGAAACCAGCAACGAAAACAGAUCAAGUGAUCCAGGCGUUGGUAGCACUUGUGAAUGACCCAGAACCUGAACAUCCACUUCGUGCUGACCUGGCUGAAGAGUAUCUCAAAGACCGUAAAAAGUUUGUGAAAAAUGCUGAAGAGUUCACCAAGAAGCAUAGUGAGAAGCGACCGUCCGAUUAAAGUCUGUGAAAUGAUGCAGUUCCUGCCUGGACUUUGGGAGGAGAGGUUUUGUGAUACACAACUUGAACAUUUGUUUGUGAUUGUAAUUCUGGUGUAUGUACAGUGUGCACCGAAAGUGUAGUAAACACUCCUCCCCCCUCUGUGACAGUGUUAGCACCAUCUACACUCACCAGGUGAAGCGGUGCAUGGGUGCUUGUCAGGUGUUGCCAACACUGGUGUGCAUGAGUGCAUAAAGAAACGCCCUUGGUACUAUUUGUCACUUUGAUAAACACCAGCCCAGAUACACAUGAUUUUGAGACUACUAUAUGUGAAAGUAGUAUGGGUAUUGUUCUAUCACCAAUACAGUUUGUCAGUUGGAAUUUACAGUGCAGUUUUAUUCCAAUUUGUUGUCAACUUAAUUGUAUACAUAUUUCACAGUUUCUGUUAAAACAAUUAUAUUUAAUUGUAUGGUAUAAAUGAUUGUUUUCAUUAAAAGAUAAAGAUGUGAAUAAAUUUUACAUAUUUAAUUUACUAA